CGCUCCGAGUAGCGUGUCUGAUUCCCGUCAACGCGCAUCUGUCAAACGUUACGAUAUCGUUAAAAACAAUUAAUUUUUAUCAGUGUGAAAUGUCGGGAUAAUAAUUAGUUGUCGAUAAGCAACAUGGCUCGCACUGUGCUGGCGGGCGGAGCGUUGCUCUGCGCGCUGAGCCUGGCGCUGCAGACGCACGCGCUCACCCUGCUGCCACACGACGUGCGGCCUGGACAUGCCGUACGCCGCUUCGUCGGCAACCACUCGCGAUACACACUUCUCGACCCACAGUACUCCUCGUACUUCACGCUACUGGACAACGGACUUCUCAUGACCACCGCCGAUCUUGCACCGCUUCUCAACCAACCGGUCAGCCUCGCCAUUCUAGAACAAACUCCUUACAGUAGUUCGGCCCAUUCCAUAAAUCUACUGGUGAUGGAUCGCAGAAAAAUGAUUCAUUUCCCGACAACAGAUGACAUACGAGGAGAAAUACCUGAAAAUGCUCCUCCCGGUACCAUCGUCGACUUGCCCCCUAUAAGAGCGACAGCCUUUGCUGAUGUCGGACCUAUUGCUUACAAAAUUAUCAAAGGAAACGAAAAUUCCAUAUUUUCACUCCGGGAAAAGGGUAAAGGAGAUAGCGUAACAUCAGUAAGAUCAGUUGUCACUGAUGGUGAUAUAGAAAUUAUAUCUACCCAGUCUUUAGACACUGAAGACAAAAGUUUUUACAAUUUAGUUAUUCAAGCUACCGAUUUUCGUGGGGCCAAUAAGGCUAGCUUGCCGAUUCGAGUCGAUAUCACGAACGAAAACGACCAUACUCCAAUAUUUGAUCAAACCAUUUAUUACUUCGCUGUAAACGGAACUCCAACAGAAAAUGGGCCGAACGGGACUGGACAUUGGCAACGGUUCUCAAGUAUAGGAAAAGUGCACGCAUAUGAUGAAGACAAUGAUCGAGUUUAUUAUUCCCUUGCAAGUCACAGCAAUCUUGUAGUGAUAGUGCCCCAAACUGGAGAACUCAUUCUCGCUGGUGAACCUGAUAGUCAUGAAGUCGAACUGCAUGUUGUCGCACACGAUACUGGUUCUCCGCCACGCAAGAGUCAGCCCGCCCGGGUUUUCAUCGAGUUUGUUAUUCGUCAUCAACACAAAAAUUUACCUACACUUCAUCGUGAGAAACGACGGGUUACUCGAGCAGUCCGACCUACGAAACGAAUAGAAUUCACCGAAGCCGACGGCGAAGUAGAAGGACGAUCAGUUUUCACUCUUGAGAAAGAGACGGACCGUGAAACAUUCAAAAUAAGGGACGAAAAUCCGUGGGUUACUGUUGAACCUAGUGGAGCUGUGAAAGUUAAAAAGAAGUGGGAUUACGAAGAGCUGGGACCAGAGAAGACUAUCGACUUUUGGGUGACGAUCACCAACGCUGGAAAUGGAGAUACGGACAACCAGCGAGUUAUAAUCCACGUGAAGGAUGUUAACGAUGAACCCCCUUACUUCAUCAACCGACCCUUGCCGAUGCAGACAGUUGUUCAGCUCAACGCGGCUCCUAAUACUCCUGUCUUUACUCUGCAAGCCAGAGAUCCUGAUACAGACCACAAUAUCCAUUACUUCAUCGUCAGAGACAGGACCGGUGGAAGAUUUGAGGUCGAUGAGCGAUCAGGUGUCGUCCGCACUAAAGGAACUGAUCCGUUCCAGUUGGAUAUGGAAUACGUUUUGUAUGUGAAGGCUGAAGACCAGAGUGGCCGUGUGGAUGAGCGGAGGUUCCAGUCGACAGCUGAAGAGCGCCUGAGCAUCGUCGGAGGCAAGAGAGCGCCACAGUUCUACUUGCAGAGCUACGAGGCCGAGAUUGCUGAGAACCAGAAGAAAGACUCCGACAUAAUAUCAGUCAAAGCGAAGUCAUUCGCCGAUCGCGAAAUACGCUACACGCUGAAGGCCCAGGGCCAGGGGGCUGGCACAUUCAACAUCGGACCUACUUCUGGCAUUGUUAAGCUGGCCAAGGAAUUGGACUUCGAAGACUUGAGGCAACCGCACGUGUACUCCCUGGUAGUCACGGCAACAGAAGAUUCUGGAGGAUUCUCUACAUCUGUCGAGCUAACGAUUCGAGUUACUGACGUGAACGAUAACGCUCCAAAAUUCGAGUUACCCGACUACCAAGCCCAUAACGUAGACGAAGAUAUCCCGCUUGGUACGAGUAUACUAAGGGUCAAGGCUAUGGAUGCUGAUUCUGGGAAAAAUGCCGAAAUCGAAUAUCUAGUUUCAGACGAUCACUUCAGUGUGGACUCCAAUGGCAUCAUAACGAACAACAAACAAUUAGACGCAGAUAACAACAACGCUUACUACGAAUUCGUCGUCACUGCUAAAGAUAAAGGAGAACCAGCGAAGACUGGUACGGCGACGGUCCGAGUUUACACUAAAAACAAAAAUGACGAAGAGCCCAAGUUCUCGCAACAAGUAUACACGCCAAAUGUAGACGAAAAUGCUGGACCUAACACGUUAGUUACAACGGUUGUGGCAUCAGAUAAAGAUGGUGACAACGUCCGUUUUGGUUUUGUCGGUGGAGGCACCAGUUCUGGACAAUUUGUUAUAGAAGAAAUCACCGGUGUGAUACGACUGCACAAUAAAGCUAUAUCAUUAGAUAGAGACAAAUACGAACUUAAUGUGACUGCGAUGGACGAUGGAGCUUGUUGUGUAAAUGGAGACGCUACGAUACACACUUCGACUGCUGUUGUUGUUGUUUUCAUAACAGACGUUAACGAUAAUAAACCCAUAUUUAAAGAUUGUCCAACAUAUUUCCCUAAAGUAGAGGAAGGCGCCCCAAACGGUAGUCCAGUUAUUAAAGUACAUGCUACAGAUGAAGAUAAAGGUGUAAACGGUCAAGUGAAGUAUUCAAUAGUACAACAACCCAACCAAAAAGGGACUAAAUUCACUGUUGAUGAAGAAACUGGAGAGGUAUCUACAAAUAAAGUGUUUGAUCGAGAGGGAGAUGAUGGAAAGUUUGUGUCAGUGACAGUGAAAGCUACCGAUCAAGGAGAGCCUUCCCUAGAAGGUGUUUGUUCUUUUACGGUAGAAAUAACAGACGUCAAUGAUAACCCACCGCUAUUCGACAGACAAAAAUAUGUGGAGAACGUAAAACAAGACGCCAGUAUUGGCACAAACAUUCUCAGAGUAUCAGCAUCUGAUGAAGAUGCUGAUAAUAAUGGCGCCAUUGUAUAUACUUUAAGUGCGCCUUUUAAUCCUGCCGAUAUUGAAUAUUUUGAAAUUCAACCUGAAUCAGGUUGGAUAAUUUUGAAGAAACCUCUCGACCGGGACAGGUAUCGACUGCGCGUGCGGGCCUCCGACAGAGGCGCCCCGCCCUCCUCCGCAGACGUGGACGUUGAAUUAGACGUGGUAGACAGGAACAAUAAGCCCCCCAUCUGGGACAUGUCCACGUAUGGCCCCGUUCACAUCAAAGAGAAUGUCACAGUGGGUACCGUAGUGACCAGUGUGAAAGCCAGCUCGGGCAUUGAGAAUAACCCGACCGUGUUCUACCGCCUAAUGCCUGGAUCGACCGCCCAGACCAACAAAUUCCACACUUUCUAUUUACAACAGAGGGCCGACAACGGCUUCACUUGGGCCGAUAUAAAAGUUAAUCACCCAUUGGAUUAUGAAAGUAUCAAGGAAUACAAUCUUACAAUUCGAGUUGAGAACAAUGGUGCCCAGCAACUUGCUUCCGAGACCACGGUUUUCAUCAUGCUUGAAGAUGUCAAUGAUGAGAUUCCUCUGUUUACGGAGAGGGAACAAGAAACAGUGUUAGAGGGAGAGCCCAUCGGGACCAAGGUGACGCAGGUCAACGCGAUAGAUAAAGACGGCACGUUUCCUAAUAACCAGGUGUAUUACUACAUCGUCGAUUCGCCACGGAACGAGGGGAAGGACUUCUUCGAGAUCAGCAUGCAGACAGGCGAGAUCUUCACCAAGGUGGUGUUCGACAGAGAGAAGCAGGGGGCCUACGCCCUGGAGGUGGAAGCCAGGGACGGAGCUCCAUCAGCGCGCCCCAACUCCGACAACCAACCGAAUUCAGUGACCAAGUUCAUCCGUAUAGGCAUCGCGGACAAGAAUGACAACCCGCCGUACUUCGACAAGGAGCUGUACGAGGCUGAGGUCGACGAGAAUGAGGACAUCCAGCACACAGUUCUCACCGUCACCGCCAAAGAUCACGAUGAAUCAUCGCGUAUUCGAUACGAGAUCACGAGCGGGAACAUAGGUGGCGCCUUCGCCGUCAAGAACAUGACGGGCGCGAUCUACGUGGCGGGUGCACUCGACUACGAAACUAGGAAACGGUACGAGUUGAAGUUAGCCGCGUCCGAUAACCUGAAGGAGAACUACACCACCGUCGUAAUUCACGUGAAGGAUGUGAACGACAACCCGCCAGUGUUCGAGAGACCCACGUACCGCACGCAGAUCACAGAAGAAGACGACAGGAAUCUGCCCAAACGCGUCUUACAGUACGAGUUAACGCUGGUGGCAUCCGAUGGCCGUAACGAGAACGCCACCAGAGUGGUGAUCCGGGUGCUGGAUGUCAACGACCUGCCGCCACGCUUCACCCGCAGCGCUUACGUCACGCAAGCCCUGGAAGAAACUGGCCCCUACCCCCAUUCCCUUAUACAGGUGACGGCCACAGAUGGUGACAAAGAUAGACAACAAAACAUCGUAUAUUUCCUCACCGGUCAGGGUAUUGAUCCCGAUAAUCCAGCAAACAGCAAGUUCGACAUUAAUCGUACUACAGGAGAAAUAUUUGUCCUCAAACCCUUAGAUCGGGAUCAACCGAAUGGGCGACCUCAGUGGAGAUUCACUGUAUUUGCGCAGGACGAAGGAGGUGAAGGUCUCGUAGGCUACGCAGAUGUUCAAGUCAAUCUUAAAGACAUUAACGAUAAUGCGCCCAUUUUCCCUCAAGGAGUUUACUUUGGUAAUGUCACAGAAAAUGGCACAGCUGGCAUGGUUGUUAUGACAAUGACCGCCAUUGACUAUGAUGACCCUGCGGAAAGUAAUAACGCGAAGCUUUGGUAUUCUAUUGAGAAAAAUGUUAUCGAAGAAGAAACUGGAUCACCCAUUUUUGAAAUAGAACCCGAAACGGGAGUGAUAAAAACCGCUGUAUGUUGUUUGGACCGCGAAAGAACGCCAGAUUAUUCUAUACAAAUAGUAGCUUCAGAUGGUGGAGGGUUAAAAGGAACAGGGACGGCAUCGAUACGAGUAAAAGAUAUAAAUGAUAUGCCCCCGCAAUUCACGAAAGAUGAAUGGUUCACCGAAGUCGAUGAAACAGAUGGCACUAAUUUACCUGAAAUGCCAAUACUCACUGUGACGGUUCACGACGAAGAUGAAACAAAUAAAUUUCAAUAUAAAGUUAUUGAGAAUAGUGGUUAUGGUGCUGAUAAAUUUACUAUGGUACGGAAUAAUGACGGGACGGGUUCAUUGAAAAUAGUGCAGCCCUUAGAUUAUGAAGACCAGUUACAAAGUAAUGGCUUCAGGUUUAGAAUACAGGUUAAUGACAAAGGAGAAGAUAAUGACAAUGAUAAAUAUCAUGUAGCUUAUUCGUGGGUGGUAGUAAAACUAAGAGAUAUAAAUGACAAUAAACCACAAUUUGAGAGAGCAAAUAUAGAAGUCUCAGUUUAUGAAAAUGCGGAAGUUGGUAAGAGUUUGGAAACAUUUAAAGCAACAGAUCCGGAUCAAGGCGGCAAAAGCAAAGUAUCCUACGCUAUUGACAGAUCAUCGGAUAGAAAACGACAAUUUUCUAUAAAUCAAGAAGGUACAGUUAGUAUACAAAGGUCAUUAGACAGAGAAGAUACUCCGAGACAUCAAGUGAAAAUCUUAGCAAUUGAUGAUGGUGUUCCUCCAAGAACAGCUACCGCAACCUUGACCGUAAUUGUGCAAGAUAUAAAUGAUAACGCACCAACGUUCCUAAAAGAUUAUAGACCUGUUCUUACCGAGCACAUAACUCCCAAGAAAGUUGCAGAAAUAUUAGCCACCGAUGAUGAUGAUAGAUCGAAAAGUAAUGGCCCACCAUUCCAAUUCCGAUUAGAUCCUGGUGCAGAUGAUAUUAUUCGAGCAUCAUUUAAAGUUGAACAAGAUCAAAAAGGUGCUAAUGGAGACGGAAUGGCAAUUGUUUCGUCAUUACGAUCUUUUGAUAGAGAACAGCAAAAAGAAUAUCUUAUCCCAAUUAUUAUAAAAGAUCACGGAAAUCCAGCUAUGACCGGAACAAGUACUUUAACUGUUGUAAUUGGUGAUGUCAAUGAUAAUAAAAUGCAACCAGGUUCAAAAGAAAUCCUUGUUUAUAACUAUCAAGGUCAAGCUCCAGAUACAGAAAUUGGUCGAGUUUAUGUUUAUGAUCUAGAUGAUUGGGAUUUACCCGAUAAGAAAUUCUUCUGGGAAAGUACAGAACACCCUAAUUUCACAUUAAAUGAAGAAACAGGUAUGAUUCAAAUGAAACAUAAAACAAGAGAAGGAAGAUACCACCUAAAGUUUAAAGUAUAUGAUCGAAAACAUACUCAAACAGAUGUUCCUGCCAAUGUUACAGUAUAUGUCAAAGAAAUAUCUCACGAGGCUAUAAUAAACUCAGGAUCAAUACGAAUAUCGGGUAUAUCAGAUGAAGAUUUUGUAAGGGUCUGGAAUUAUAAGACCCUAAGUGUUUCUAGAAGCAAGUUGGAUAUAUUUAAAGAUAAAUUAGCAGAUUUGCUGAAUACCGAACGAGAAAAUAUUGACAUAUUCAGUGUUCAACUUAGAAAGAAACAUCCACCGGUAACAGAUAUAAGAUUUUCAGCACAUGGUGCACAUUAUUAUAAACCUAUUCGAUUAAACGGUAUAGUUUUGAUGCAUCGAGAAGAAAUUGAAAGGUCCGUUGGUAUAAAUAUAACGAUGGUUGGCAUUGAUGAGUGUAUUUAUGAAAAUCAAAUGUGUGAAGGUUCUUGUACUAAUGUUCUUGAUAUCAGCAAUUUACCGUAUAUGGUUAAUGCAAAUAAAACUGCCCUUGUUGGAGUAAGAGUCGAUGUAAUCGCAGAAUGUACUUGUGGAGCAAGAAAUUUCACCCAAGCAGAGACCUGCCGAAAUUCUCCAUGUUACAAUGGUGGUCGAUGUAUUGAAGGAAAAUACGAUUUAACAUGUUCGUGCCCCCCAGGUUAUACCGGACCAAGAUGUCAACAGACAUCUAGAAGUUUUAGAGGCACCGGUUGGGCUUGGUAUCCUGCCUUAGAAAUGUGCGACAAUUCUCAUUUAAGCUUUGAAUUUAUAACACGUAAAUCUGAAGGCGUAUUACUCUAUAAUGGGCCUAUAGUACCACCAGAACCUGAAGAAAUAAUGGUAUCAGAUUUUAUAUCUGUGGAAUUAGAAAGAGGAAAUCCAAGACUUUUGAUUGAUUUUGGAUCUGGAACUUUAGAACUAAGAGUCAAAACAAAGAAGUCUCUGGAUGACGGUGAAUGGCAUAGAAUAGAUAUCUUUUGGGAUACUGAGAAUGUCAGAAUGAUCGUCGAUUACUGCAAAUCUGCCGAUAUCCAAGAAAUGGAAGAUGGAACACCUCCAGAAUUUGAUGAUUCUACUUGUCAGGCUACGGGUACAAUACCUCCUUUCAAUGAAUACUUGAAUGUAAAUGCCCCAUUACAAAUUGGUGGAUUAUACAUAGAACAUUUUGAUCCAACCCAUUAUCAUUGGCAAUAUAUGCCUAUCGGAAAAGGUUUUGAUGGUUGUAUACGUAAUUUGAUACACAACAGUAAAUUAUAUGAUUUGGCGCACCCUGGUCUGUCGAGAAAUUCCGUUGCAGGAUGCCCGCAAACUGAAGAGAUUUGCAAUCAAGCAGAUACUACAUCAAGAUGCUGGGAACAUGGUACUUGCGUAGGAAGCUUUUCUGAAGCUAGGUGCCAAUGCCAGCCUGGUUGGACAGGACCCUCUUGUAACUUGCCAACUACGCCAACAAGUUUCAGACCUCAGAGUUAUGUCAAAUUUGCACUAAGUUUCGAGCCUGAUAGAUUUAGCACUCAAAUUCAACUGCGAUUCCGUACUCGUGAACCUCACGGAGAAUUAUUUAGGGUGAGCGACCAACAUAAUCGUGAAUAUGGUAUUCUGGAAGUAAAAGACUCACGAUUACACUUCAGAUAUAAUCUCAAUUCCCUUCGAACUGAAGAGAGGGAUGUAUGGCUUCAUUCAGUUCCUGUAGACGAUGGUCAGUGGCAUAUAGCACGUGUCAGUCGAUAUGGUAGUGCCGCCACAUUAGAAAUCGAUGGUGGCGAGGGAAGAAGAUAUAACGAGACUUUCACCUUCGAAGGACACCAGUGGCUAUUAGUAGACAAACAGGAAGGCGUUUACGCAGGAGGAAAAGCUGAAUAUACUGGUGUUAGAACUUUUGAAGUUUAUGCAGACUUCCAAAAAGGUUGCCUCGAUGAUAUUAGAUUAGAGGGCAAACAUUUGCCGUUACCGCCAGCGAUGAAUGGUACCCAAUGGGGUCAGGCUACCAUGGCAAGGAACCUAGAUCGCAACUGCCCCUCCAAUAGCCCCUGCAUCAAUGUAAACUGCGUUGAUCCAUUCGUUUGCGUUGACCUCUGGAAUGAAUUUGCCUGCACUUGCGGUGAUGGUUUGGUUUUAACGCCGGACCAGAAAGGUUGCGUAGACAAGAACGAGUGUCUCUACUUCCCGUGCCGCAACGGGGGCUCGUGCGUGAACCGCGAGCCCGGCUAUCGCUGUCACUGCCCCGAAGGGUUCUGGGGCGAGAACUGCGAACUCGUGCAAGAAGGCCGCACGCUCAAGCUCAGCAUGGGCGCGCUCGCCGCCAUCCUCGUCUGCCUUCUUAUAAUCAUGAUCUUGGUGCUCGUGUUCGUGGUAUACAACCGACGUCGUGAGGCGCACAUUAAGUACCCUGGACCAGACGAUGACGUGCGGGAGAACAUUAUCAAUUACGAUGACGAAGGAGGCGGAGAAGAUGACAUGACAGCCUUCGACAUCACUCCACUGCAGAUACCGAUAGGUGGACCAUUGCCUGAUCAUGCACCUGCUAAAAUGCCAUAUCCGCUAAUGGGUGUGGGUCUCGGCGUGGGUCCAAUGGGAGUCGUUGCCCCCGGCGUCGGGGUUCCUCUGCCAGGAGAGACCAACGUGGGGAUGUUCAUAGAGGAGCACAAGAGACGCGCGGACAGCGAUCCCAACGCGCCGCCUUUUGAUGACUUGCGCAACUACGCGUACGAGGGCGGCGGCAGCACUGCUGGAUCUUUAUCGUCGCUUGCUUCUGGUACCGACGACGAGACACACGAGUACGACUACCUGGGUGCCUGGGGUCCUCGCUUCGACAAGUUGGCUGAUCUGUACGGGCCUGACAUGGACGAACAGCUGUAGAUGCCGUUACCCCGUAACCCAGCGCGUUUUGUGCUAAUUUAGUCAAUUGUCUCCCACUCUCCUACCCAUAAGCCACUGUAAAACUACUUUCUCAGGAGCGUCAUUCCUCCACGUACCCUCAAAAUCUUAUUUUGUACAUAGACAGCCAGGCGUCACAACGAUGACGCCUCGCGUGACUUAUUAUUCUUAUCAAUUUUAUAUGACUUUAUUUGUAGUAGAAAUGAUUAGCUUAAGAACUUGUUUAAGAUACCUAUUUAAUUGCGUCGUUUGUAUAAUGUUUGAACGUAUAUCUUCACUAAAUAUUUGAUAUAAGUUUUUAUUAAAUUAGCCAUAGGUAUUAUGAGUCAGUAUUUUAUUGGAAGUUACUGAAAUAAGCGGAUUUCUGCCGGAGGGCCAGAGGUGAAUUUGAUUGGUGGGUGUUUGUAGAUAGUGUGCUAUAAAUGUGAAUAAUUUAUACGAGUAUUUUGUAAGUCCACAGCUUUACGUGAUAUCACAUAAAUAUUGGCCCUUCUGCAUAAAAUCACUAAUACUUACUUAGUAUAAAAGAAUAUGUUAUAUUUUAUAAAUAAUAAUAAAGUUAGAUAAAACUGUCUAUUCGGACAAGGAGUUUACAAUGCUCAUUUGAAAUGUGAAAUGUAAAAGGGGUAUGUAAAUACGAUAAUAACAAAAGGCAACCCCGUAAUCCUUAGUAAAAUAUGAAAAAAAAAACAUACUUACGUGUCUAAAUUGUAAGCGAACUGUACAGUAACUGGUGUUCCUCUCCUAAUGUCUCAGAGUAGUUCUAGCAAAUAAGAAUAAUCUGAAAAUAGCUAUGGUCUACUCAUCUUACUGUAGGUAUUGUAAUCAGAACUCUGUUUUCAUUUGAUUUGUGUGUGGAUUAGAAUGACUGCAUCUGAAUGAGAGCGAGACUGAAUGUGUGGGUAAAAUUAUGUUUGUUGAACUAAUUUUUAUGUACGUAUAUGUUUGGGUGUAUGGGCGUAAAUUAAUUUACGAAUAUGGUGUGGUUGGGUGAGUGCGUCGCGAGUCUCUCAUGACAUUGCGUUAAAAUAAAUGGAGGGACUGUGCCAAUUUAUUAGCAUUAUAUGACGCAGCUAAUGACGGUAGAUUUAAGUGUUUGCACUUUAUUUAUUCGUAUGUUUAAAUAUAAUAUUAGUCGCACCUAGGAAAAUAUCAAUAACUUAUUAAGAGUGUUGUGCUAGAUAUUAUCCUACCGAAAUUGACGUGAGAUAGUUAAUGAAACCUUUAGAAGUCACUAAUUUAUAAAGUUACGAUUAAGAAUUUAUAGUAAAAUAAUUAAAUAAUUAUACAGUUUCUGGAAACUGUCUCACAUCGAUAUCGUAUUACGAUCAGUGUACAUUUUAGAAUAUACUGAAUUGCGUUAAAAUGACUGAUUUUAUUAUGCGUUUAAAUGCCUAAGAUUUUGUAGAUUCGGUUAUUUAAUUAUAAACUUGAACUACCUUAUUAUAAGGUCACCCAUUAGUUUGCACUAAAGAAAACUAUUAUUCAAUACAUCAAUAUUAAAGCAAUUCUCGUUAAUUACUAUUCGUGUAAGUAGACAUAAACCUAGUUAGUCACGGUUUUCAUUAUCAUUUAAGUUUUAAUAUCAUUACACUGCCAGUAUCAUACAUAUAGACGAAUUACGAUAGUUGAUUCGGUCCGAUUUUAUAUUUCAGUCUUUACAACUUUUUGUAUUGUGAGUUUUUUGAACUGUUUAUAACGAGAUACUUUAACCAUAACUUUCCGCUCAAUAGACUCCAAUCUUCCACUGUCAGCUCUGUCGCGUCUUGCGUGUUGUAAACUCUACUCUAACCCGUAGGUUACGGCCGUUCUGUAAUUAUCGUAUGAAUUUAUGUGUCACCUGCGUUCUUAUUUACUUUUAUCGUAACUGUAUCUUGUUUCUGCUAUGUUACAAUGUCAUUUUUGUUACCAAUGUGUCUCGAACUCUCUUCAGCUAUAUAUUUUUUUGGACAGUUAUAGUCAUCUUGAACGAUUUUUAUGUUAACGAGUAAAAAAAAGACAGCGACGCGAAGUCGCUACUCGUUUUAUUGACUUUAUAUUUAAUGCAGAACAGCAUUUAGCAGUUUUUAUUUGCUUUAAAAUUUCUAUUAUGAUACAUCAAGUUUUAUUCGAGCCUAAUUGGUUUAAAAUAAAAGUUUUCGAUAAUUCUAAAGAACCCGAGGCCGAAUAUCCAUAUCAGUAUUAUGUUCUUCCAAACUGUCUUUUGUUCGACCUACUCUUGCAAGUUGUGACCGAUGGCUUGUUUAUGCCUGUAAGUAUAUAUUUCUCACUAAAACGGCCUCUCUACGUGGGUAACAGCUGCAAGCGCCCGUGGCACUUUUUUACAUUCGGAUAUUAGAACUAGGAUACAAAUUAAGAGCACAGAGAAAACACUACAAGAUACGCUCUUGCAACGCACAUGAAAACAUCGUUCCCUUAUUAUAAUAAUGUCGUAAACUGCUACUUAGCUACAAAAUCUGCUUAAGUUUCCCUUCUGGCCAAUAACUAUACUGUAUGUUUGAACACAUGUUCCUUGUUUGGAAUAUCUUUCUGUGCAAUCGUUUGUUUACGAUAGAGGCGAACGAAGUAGUUUCGAGUUUUUAGUAAAUCCACCAACACUAUUAACUAUUGUCACUUGUUUCGAACAACGAAACGUGUUAUGUCUACAUUGUGAACUAGAAACUAAAUCCGAACACAGUGUUACCGCUUAAAUUACACUCGGAGUAAACAAUGCGCUAAUUUUUACCACGUUUACAAAGAAGUUUCUUUCGGAACCACCAAGUUAAACAAAUGUAAUUUUAAAUUAAAAAGUAACUUCUACUUCGGAAUCGAUCACAUGUGGUGAUGUACUUUCUAGUUUCUAUGAAUAUAAAUAUAUAAAUGUCUGCCUUUGCCUGGAUUUUCAUUAAUUCAUUAAACAAAGACAUUAAAGAGUAGGCGAAGCCUAAUUAUAUCAUCAACGAAAUCUCAUUAGAUUUCGUGCAUUCUACAUACUGGGAAGAAAUAAUUAAAAUUUGUAUGUAGUUUAAUUCAGUUUUCAUAUUUCAUAUAUAGGCAGAAAAUCUGAUUUCCACUUCGACAUAUGACAGCCGAUUCACGCUUUAAAUUGAUUGAAUUUUUCUUUGCAUCGUAUUCCAUCGAUCGGAAUCAAUCCUUUUUAUCAGGAAUACCUACAAUUUCGAUUUUUUUGGGUAAUCAAACAGCUGAACGUGACCUAUCAGUAUUUUCAAGACUGUUGGCUCUGUCAGGUAGACAGGACGCAAGGGAUAUAGACGUGAUUAUGUAUAUGUGUAAAUUUUAAAUUGAUAAUUUUUAUUUUAAAAAUCUUGGUUUAAUAUCUCAUAACAUAACACGGAUAUAGACACACCUAAAACAUAAAUAUUAUCAUUUGUAUUAUUUGGUGGUUCCGACAAAGUAAUGCACGAAACUUGAUCACAGAGCACAGAACCCCAGUACAAAUGUAAGAAAUGUUCGACACCGCACUCAACUACCGGUGCACUUGUGUAUUUUAUUUUAAGACAUUACAUUAUAGUUAUGUUUUGUUUCAACUGUGAUUAUUUAGUUGUACAACUCUGACGAUUACA